AUGUUCCGGUACAUCUUCGUUUCAGUAAUAGUAUUUGUUGUUGAAGCUAGGAUGUGCAUUGAUGAUAUCAAAGGAAUAUGUGAAGCGAAUGAUAUAUUUGGUUGGUGUUUUCAUGACAAGGUAACUGGUGAUUUUAACUGUGACAAGAAUAACUUUUGUUCGGACCAAUCACAAAUAAAGGGGAAAAUAAAUUCAACGGGUUGUUUUGAUCGUGGUGCAAACGAUGCUAAGUGCUGCUGUAAUGAAGCGAUUUUGGUAAAUAUUGCGGUUUUAGAGUACAACAAUUAUUUAUCAGUUAAUAAUAAAGCAAAUGGAAUGGUAGGGAUUAGAUCCAAGAUUAGAGGUUACACAUCCAUAUUGCCAUCAAAAAUGCUGAAAUGCCCACUUGACUUGAUAAAAUCAAGUGAAUAUUUCCCAAAGACAUAUCUAUCAUUAUUCAUCUUAAUUAAUGUUCCAUCGAAAUUUUCACCAGUUAUUAUUCUAAGGGAGAUGUGUAAUUACAACUUCAUACGAAUUCCUCCAUUUCUCAAUAAUUUCUCAACUCAAGAAUGCAAAUAUUUAUACGCUAAGGAAGACGGCACGAUACUCAGUUAUAAAAAUUGCAUCGAUCCAUGGUGCUUCACUUUUAUGACGGCUAAUUUAUCCGAACCACCGAACGUCGUGUUGCGUGGAUGCCAAUCACGAACGUUAUCAAAGAUGCUUAAAGACGCAAAUACCUCUGCUCGAUCGACAAACGGAGUUUAUUUUGACGAUCUGGUCAUCUUUUUAAAUCAAACUAGAUGUGACGCAAUUGUUGGCUCAUUACCAUUUGUUAAUGGAACUCAAAAAGCCUGCAUCAAUGUUCAGUUUAUGUACAAUGAGUUACCAAAACGAGGCAAAUUAUGUUGUUGUCGAGGAAUGAAUGAAUGUAAUGAAGAAUUCGCUUGGUCACAUGAAAUUCGUAUCCUUGACAAAGAUGAAAAUAAUAGCGGAUUGAAGAAUUCGUUUUGUUUAAAUACUUUUCUGAAUAUUCUAACAGUUUGGCUCGUUUAUUCCUUCGAUGGUUUUAAUAUUUAUUGA